CUGGUGAGACUGGGCCGGGCCGGACGCCUGCCUCCCUUCGAGCUCGGGGGGGGGGCUCGGACCCCUGCUCGCCGCCCCCCCCCCCGCCCCAUGCUGGCGCUGCUGUGGAUGACGGUGACGGUGGUGGCCGGGGGGGGCCCCGAAGGGGCCGUGCAGUUCCUGGCAGUGGGUGACUGGGGGGGCGUCCCCGACCCCCCUUUCGCCACCCCCCGUGAAGUGGCCACGGCAGCAGCCAUGGGCCGUGCGGCCACCGACCUCGGCGCCGACUUUGUCCUCGCCCUCGGGGACAACUUCUACUAUGAGGGGGUGCAGGACGAGUGGGACCCCCGCUUCCAGGAGACCUUUGAGGAGGUGUUCACGGCCCCCGGGCUGCAGGGGCUGCCCUGGUUCGUGCUGGCCGGGAACCACGACCACGCCGGCAACGUCACCGCGCAGCUGGCCUACAGCCACCACUCCCCCCGAUGGCACUUCCCGCACUACUACUACAGCCUGCGCCUCUCCCUGCCGGGCACCAACGCCUCGGCCCGGCUGCUGGUGCUGGACACGGUGCUGCUGUGCGGCGGCGGGGAUGACUUCGGGGUGGGGGGUGCCCCCACGGGCCCCCGGGAUGCGGCGGCGGCGGCGGCGCAGCUGGCCUGGCUGCGGGGACGCCUGGCCGCCGCACGCCACGACCGCUACGUGCUGGUGGCCGGUCACUACCCGGUGUGGUCGGUGGCCGAGCACGGCCCCACCGCCUGCCUCGUGCGGCUGCUGCGGCCGCUGCUGCGGCGUCACCGCGUCACCGCCUACCUCUGCGGCCACGACCACAACCUGCAGUUCCUGACGGAGGGGGGGGUGGGCUACGUAGUGAGUGGCGCCGGCAACUUCGUGGAGGGGUCCCAGCACCACGCGGGGGCCGUGCCCCCCGGCUCCCUCCGCUUCUUCUUCGGGCCCCCCGCCUCACCCGGUGGCUUCGCCCACCUGCGCCUGGACGCCCAGGCGGCCACCGUCACCUUCCUGGAGGCCACCGGCCGCGUCCUCUACCGGGUGGCCUUGCCCCCCCGUGACCUCUGACCCCUGAAGGACCACCCGGACACAGCAGGGCAGGGGCGUGGGAGCACCCGCCGUCCCCAGCGCGGGGGGACCCCGGUCACCCCCCUCAACGUGUCCCCGGGCCCCGCGUGGGGGCGGCCGGCAGGACACACACCCCCCCCCCCGCCGGGCGCUGGGGGACCCCCCGAGACCCUCGACCUCAGGGGCAGAGGGCGGGACCCCCGUGACCCCUGACGCCCCCCGUGGGACCCCCCCCAGCCCGGACCCCCGCGGGGUGCCUCCCUCUCCCCCCAAUAAAG